GGUAACGCACUUUUUACGCUGAGUUGCCAAAUAACAAUAAAAGAAGAAGACGACGUGCCGUAAUGCGGAAGUGAGUGUCAAUUUAGCCAAAUAUUUAGCACAAACGAGUGCAAACUAUUCCAUGUCUGUGGCAGACAGCAUUUCACAAGUUAUAGAUAGGGGAGGAUUCUGCAGCAAGUGUGGAUUUACAAAGUUAUUAAAGCCUCCAGCUCCCACUAUGUGAAAUAUAUUGGGUUAUUGGCUAAAUAUCUAUACCUCUGUUUACUCUUGCAAGCCCUUGUGCUUGUUAUGAGCACCAACAGAUGCUUGUUUACCAGAACUAUGCAACAAAAAGACCAGUAAGUGAGGAAACUACAGCUGAAUUUAAAUGAUGCUUGAUCGUAUAUUGUCAGUAUGGUUUUGGUUUGGAUCAGAUCGCCCUGGAUUCUUUCUGGGAACAUCUUUAUUGGCAACACUGAUGCUGCUGAUGUAUGCUGGGGGGAUUCCAGCAAGUCUCAGCUUAGGUCCAGGUGGAGACUUCCCAAGGUUCAGAGAUGUGUUCCUGUAUGCUUUCAGUCAUGAUGAGCUGCCUGCUCUGCUGGUCAGUGUUGCUCUCCUGCUGUUGGUUGGACCAUGUCAGGAACGCCGCUGGGGAACAGUCGCCUUCCUCGCCCUCUCCAUCCUGACAAUGACCAUAUUACCUCUUAUUUACACCCUGGUUCUCUUUGUCUUUGGAGGUGAGGCAAGUCGGAUCUGUGGUUACUCAGCCAUCCAGCUGGCUCUGUUUACAGCCCAGUGUCGUCAGGUGACUCAGAGGAGGCUGCUGAGGUGUUUGCCAGUCUGGUUUCUCCCCUGGCUUCUUCUGCUGCUUGGUCUGGUGCUGCUCCCUGGGACACCUGCCCUGCUUCACUUCUGUGCAAUAUGCAUCGGUCAUAACUAUCAUCAGUCCUUCAUUGGGAUGUUACAGGAGCUGGAGGAAGCCAGUGUCUUGAAUUUAAUUCCUGAUUCAGCAUAUGUUCCCACUUCAGCCAGGUUCAGAUUGCCCACGUACACUACCUCACAGAGAUCUUCUCAGAUGGUGCCUGUAGAUCAGGCAGCUCCACCUCUCAUGAGGGGUCCCUCAGUUUUGAACCACCACCCAUGGGUGGAGCCAGUGCCUGCCUGGGUAAUGCAACAGUCUGCUGCGUUGUCUGAAGCAGAGGUGUUGGAGGAACAGAUGCUACGGGCUGGGAUACUCGCCUCCUUACAGGAUGCACCUGAGGACAUUGAUGCAAAAGUAGAAGUGCCCAAAUCAUCAGUUUCCUCUCUACGACUCCAGCAGCUCGAGAAGAUGGGCUUCGCCACAGAGAAAGCUGUAGUGGCAUUAGCAGCCUCAAAACAGCUAGAUGGCGCCAUCUCCCUGCUCAUUGAUGACAGCGUUGGAGAACAGGCUGUGGUGACAUCGAAGGGGAAGAACCCCAUGCCACCAGAGAGCACAUAGGAAACCUCGCACUCCUGGACUAAGCCUGAAUUACUGUUUGCCCUUGUGCAGUGAACUGAACUUAUGCUUGGAUUUUGCUGAGCUUUAACAUUAGAUUUUCCCUGUGGGCUACUUGUAGAAGUAUUGUUAAUGAUGAGAGGAAGUGCAGCGAAAGACUUGAGUUCUUCUUCCUCAACUGUGAGUUUACUCAAAUGAAGAUGCAAACUUGAUUGCUUGGGAGACAUGUGAUGAAUACAGUUGGGACACAAAUAAGGCCGGGUCAUGUUUUAAAAAAACAAUGAACAUCAUUUUAUUACAUCAAUCAUCUAGACAGGAUUAUCUUAACACAAUAACACAUUUGCAUGAAAAAAAGUUCAAAAUAUGAAAUGGUUACACAACAGCAUACAAAAUAAACUACAAUUGAUCAUUUUAAA